AUGCUGUACAAGGCCAUUGCUGUACUGGCGGCGGCGACGUUGACGUCGGCCGCCACCCCCAACGGCUUCAUGCCCACCUCGCAGACCCCUCUCAUCGUCUCUUUCGGAGGCAUCUCGGCGCUGGAUGGCGCGAACCUACCUAGAGACUCUAGCCAAGUUCAACCCACGAUCGCAACGCAGACGCAGCUGAAGGGACAGUACGCGGUGAUAAUGGUGGAUAUCGACGUCCCGACCAACCAGCCGCCGAGGACGGGCACUCUCCUCCACUGGAUGCAGACGGGCCUGAUGUCCUCCGACGCGCCCGUGACGCUCAACACGACUGCCGGGCCGGAGAAGGUCUACAUCCUGCAGAACAAGAUGAAUGCGGCGGCUCUCGCGCCGUACAUCGGCCCCAACCCGCCGGCGAGGGAGCCCCUGAGCCACAGGUACACCCUCGUCGUCGUCGACCACACCACGAUCACGCAGCAGGGCCUCACGGCCCUCUCGGGCGCCGCCCAGAACCGCCGCGACUUCAACGUCAUGAACGGCCUGAUGGCCGCCGGGCUUCAGGACAAGGUCGUUGCCGGCGACUUCUUCCGCGUCACUAACCCCGGGCCCGUUGGUGCCGGACAGGGUUUACCCUCAGGAGGCGGCACUAAGGUUAACAGCACCAUGUCCAUGCAGCCGAUGCCGAAGCCCACAUCCUCUGGCACUCCCACGAUGCCCGGUAUGCCCGGUAUGCCCGGUAUGCCCCCAGGAAUGAGCAUGCCUCCAGGAAUGAGCAUGCCCUCCGGAAUGAGCAUGCCCCCCGGAAUGACGAUGCCCCCGGGAAUGACGAUGCCCCCGGGAAUGACGAUGCCUCCGGGGAUGUCGAUGCCUCCGGGGAUGUCGAUGCCUCCGGGCAUGUCAAUGCCCAUGCCCGGCACCACCGCGCCGUCAUCGGGAAGCGCUCUGCCGUCGGGCCCCGCUCGCGCAGGUGCUCUCAGCCUCGGCUCGGGUCUCGGCCUUGUUUCCGUAGGUUUGUGUCUGGUUGGCUCGCUGGUUAUUUUGUUGUAA